UGUUGAUGUGUUGCAGGUACAGAUGUGGUUAAAUUGAUUGCGGCUCAUGUGACUGGUGGAAAUGUGGAGAUCUUUCAGCCUUUCGAAGUCACAGACACACACGUGAUAAUGAAAGUUCAACAUCUAUCACUUUAUGGUCUCCUAAUGCAAUGUCUAGGCCAAGGGAAUCCCAUCACAGCCCAGGUCCUACUGUUCUAUCACCAAAGUCUGACUAAACUUAACAUCCAUCUGUUGCCAGAGAAUGUCCCGGUUGAAGAGGUGCAGAGGAAACAUAAGAGCAUCACAUACGUAACAAGCUUUUCAUGUCAGCUGACCCCUGGUAAAAAAUACAAAGCAUGCUGUAAGACUGACGACUGUCAUUAUGUUUUCCAACCAGAGGAUGAGUGGUUUAAGUGUGACUAUGGUAUCAACUUCCACCCUACAUUUGAGGUGUUCUUCAAUUCUGAUGUUAAAAAUGUCACCUUUAGUCUUUUGGAAGAAAAUGGCCAAGUGGCGUUGAAGCCUCGUGAUGUCUUACUUCCAGUACCUGAAACAUCAGAUACAAGUAGAGCCUCAACCAGUAAAGAUUCGCCCGAUCCUCAACCUCAGACUCAGCAAGUGCAUCCAGCUGGUCGAAUGAUUCAGCUGCUUCUCCCUUCUACCUACAUGAAGCCUGUUCCAGCUGAAUUUAGGACUGUUUACCAUCGCUUUCAUGUGUCAUCUGACCCAUGAACUCUCUAUGUUCUUGGACCAGCUCCACUCUCCUGAACUUGUGCCUCUGACUCGCACUUCCUUCACCCAAACUCAUUUGUCUGACCUCGUAGAUCAGGGAACUCAAACUGACGGCUGUCCUCAUGCUGAAACUUACUGCCCUGUGCUUAAAACUUCUGCCUCUCCUCCAUCUCCUGUUUAGCAUCUUCUCCUUCUGAUUCUGAAACUGGAUCCCCAGAUUACACUCUGUCAGGACUCAGCCCGGACUUUGGCCAUGUGCUUUUGUGUACGUUCUGUGUUCACGUGUCUGCCCCGUCCUUGUCUCUUCCUGCCCGCUUCUGCACACCUGUUCCUCAUGUUUCUGAUUGUCUUGUUUAUUUAGUUGAGCCGCGUUGCCUUGAGCAGCGCGGAAUCCUCUGUUGUCUUUCGUUUUGUCCUGGUGUCUUUUGUUGUCGUGUCUCGAGUCAGUGUCCAUGUUUCGUGUUUUUUUGUUAAUAAACCCUGUUUUUCUUUUAAGCUA